GUCAUUGACAGAUAUCUUAGAUAUAUGAUCUGCUGUUUCAAUGCAUUGUCACUUUCUCAGGGGCAGGAUGUGAAGUGGUUGCACACUUGGUUUUAGCGUUCCAAAUGGUUGCAAAACUGACAAAAAAUGGUUACCGAAUCAUGAAUAUUUCAACGCCACCCUCACCAGGGUGGUUGAAUAAAUGAGAACAGUGAACUGUACAGGCUCUGCAGUGGCUUAAAUUAGCACGCACAAAAGGGAAAUAAACAACAAAAUGUCUAUACCCAUUGAUAGUUGUCAAGAAACAGGCGAAGGUCACAACGAGAUAGCAACAUUUAAUUCAAAUACAGGCUUGGUAAUAGACAGUUCAACAGACGGACCAAAGUGUUGUCCUGGUUGUACCCUUAAGGUAACUGUUACGAGUAUUGAUGACAUUAAGAAGGGCGACCACAUCUGUUAUCGACCGAGUUGGUAUUCUCCAUAUAGACAUCAUGCAAUUGUAGAAAAUGUAGAUAGGGAAACUGAAAAACUGGAUCUAAUUCAUUUUACUCGCCGAGAUGGCAAUGUUAGUCGUUCCUUCUCCAAACAGAAAUUCAAAAUACAGAAAACAAGCAUACGUGUUGGAGAAACGAACUCUUUGAAGGUGGUUAAAUACCCAGGUAAGGCACGAAUUGCCCCAGAUGAAACAAUUAAAAUUGCUACAGAAGAAAUGAACAAAGAAGAAGUGGUCAAGUACAAUAUUUGUAACUACAAUUGUGAGCACCUAUGCUAUCAAAGCACUAUUGGUAACAAGAAUAGUAAACAAGUUGAGUCGUGUUUGCGAAAAUGUGGAUUAUCUUCCCUGUCCUGUGGUUUCAUUCUCGCAUGGCUAGUUAGAUAUUUCGCAAAGUUCAUAAUAAUACCGAUCAUUGAUAUCGCUCCUAGACUUGCGGAGAUCAUUGCAAUAACAUUGUUUGUAAUUGUGAGCAUUUCAUUUUUUUUGUACUGUAUUCUUAGGAGUUCUUCUUGUUGCAAAAAUCAUAAAGCGUGCAAAGGCUGUUUUCCUGAACGGUGCGAUCGUUGCACUAAACGGCACAAUUAUAUCAGGUGGAUUCGCUUCUCAUCUUUUCUUUCUUUACAAGUGUCAUCUUUAAUUUUUGAAAUACAUUUUAUAAGACAAGGGCACCGUCAUGAAGCGGUACUUCUCACUGGACUAGCCUUCCUUUUUGUUACUUUGUUCACCAUCAGUAAAGUGCCCAAUGCAGUUCGCUUCUGCCUUACCAAAGGCAAUAAAUUUUCUUCUAUCAGUAAUGUUUAAGGAUUACAGACCCAAUGAGCAUCAAUUAGAAAUCAGCUUAUUAUUACUUUAUAUUUCUCUAGAUAGUAUACGACAUUUAUUUUUCUAUUAAAUUUUAUCAUUCUUUUUUUAUUCCAUACCCCUUAUUGGCACUUUUACCCAAAUUUAAGUCACCCUGGCAGAGAUGUUUUAAAGAAAUACUUUUGCAUCUUUGAAAAAGGAAUUGAGGUAAUAAGAUAUGUUUCUUUUUUUUUAAUUAUGGACCCAUAUAAUUAACAAGUGUCUUAAAGUGACAAAUGAAAUCUACAAGUUGUAGAAUUUUCGACAUGUUUUGUAAUCUUUAACUUUAUAAAUAGCGACUAACUGCAAUUAUAUGGCUGUGUAAUUUUGUGUCAUAUAUAUUAUUAUUAACUUCAUAAACACAUUCUAUUUCAGUUUCAUUUAACUACUUAUUACUCACAAACGAUUUAAAGCAGAUAAGUUUUAACACAAAGUUUAAGAUUAUUUUCGCAUACGUUAAAGCGGCCUUCAAUUUAUAUUUUCUUUCGGGAAAACACUUAUAUGAGUUGUUUCAAAUAAUUUCACUAUUUUCAUUUUCUAGAAGUGCAUAAUAUAACUGUUAACUCUUCUUUAAAACAGAGUCUCACGCGUCAGUUACGUUCGUUUCUAAAAAUAGUAGACUUGAGAGUGAAUCGUCCGUUUUACUGUUUUGAAUAAGGUAUAGAGAGAGCGCUUAUUGUUUAAUGUUUAUGUACUUUAUCGUGGGCAAAUUUGUUUUCCAUCUUUUUUUGAGGCACCCACGCCAUUUAAUUUCUUUUCAACUAUUAAAGUUGGAAGACAAAAAUGAUAUUCGAAAUCGUGAAAUCUUGCAAAAGAAAACAAUCAAAACACAUAAAACUAGAUAUUAAGUUAGCAACGAAAACUUUAAUCAUCUGUAAGUACAUUACGUUUGGAACUUUGGACAUCUAUAUUGUCCCUCCCAAAAUGAUACAAUGUUACAAGUGUUAUAAUUAUAUGUCUCUUCACUGAAUGAAAUUAGUACAUACAUGUAUACUCAAUAUGUUCGUUCUUGCUAUGUAUAGCUUAAAUGAUCACAAUCGUGUCUACUUGUAUAUAUAGCUACGAUGAUAAUUAUGUGUAAUUGACUAUUUAAACAACAAAUAAACUAACA